AUGGCGCCGCCUCAGGGAAGAGGAACCCAAGCUCUGGGCCGCCGGGAACUGUGGAAUACCAAGAGAGUCCUUUUCCUUACCCCUCAGAUAAUGGUCAAUGACCUUUCUCGUGGCACCUGUCCCGCUGUGGACAUUAAAUGUUUGGUUAUUGAUGAAGCCCACAAAGCCCUUGGGAAUCAUGCCUACUGCCAGGUUGUGAGGGAGCUGAGCAAAUACACGAGCCAGUUUCGGAUCCUGGCCCUGAGUGCCACACCAGGCAGUGACACCAAGGCUGUGCAGCAGGUUAUCUCCAACUUACUGAUCGCUCAGAUAGAGGUGUGUGCUGAGGAUUCCCCAGAAAUCCAGCCUUAUUCCUACGAGAGACAAGUGGAAAAAAUCGUGGUGCCACUUGGGGAAGAGCUGGUAGGAAUUCAGAACAUUUACAUCCAGGUGCUCGAGGCGUUCGCCGGCCGCCUGAUCCGAAUGGGUGUUUUGGCCAGGAGGGACAUUCCCAGCCUGACCAAGUACCAGAUCAUCCUGGCAAGGGAUCAGUAUAGGAAAAACCCCUCUCCACAGCAUGUGGGAAUCCACCAAGGCAUCAUCGAAGGGGACUUUGCCCUUUGUAUCAGUUUAUACCACGGGUAUGAGCUGCUGCUGCAGAUGGGAGUCCGCUCCUUGUUUAUCUACCUUUGGGGAAUUAUGGAUGGAGCCAAAGGGAUAACCCGCACGAAGAACGAGCUGGGGCGUAACGAGGACUUCCUGAAGCUCUACCAGCACCUCCGAGACAUGUUCUCAGACACAGCCGUGGCUCCAGAGACUGGGGGUGUCUGUAGGAGUGACACAGUGUCGGGAAAGAAAAAGGAAUUUAUCUACAGCCAUCCAAAAUUAAGGAAAUUGGAGGAAAUCGUAAUAGAACACUUCAAAUCCUGGAAAAAGGGGUGCUCUGAUCAGGAGAGGAGUGAAGGCCCCUGUGGGGACACCAGGGUGAUGAUCUUCUCCUCCUUCCGGGACAGCGUGCAGGAGAUCGCGGAGAUGCUGUCCCGCCUCAGCCCGGCUGUCCGCGCCAUGACAUUCGUGGGACACUCCACAGGGAAGAGCACCAAAGGCUUCACCCAGAAGGAACAGCUGGAGGUGGUGAGGCGGUUCCGGGAGGGCGGGUACAACACCCUGGUGUCCACGUGCGUGGGGGAGGAGGGCCUGGACAUCGGGGAGGUGGAUCUCAUCGUCUGCUUCGACGCCCAGCGCAGCCCCGUGCGCCUGGUGCAGCGCAUGGGCCGGACCGGGCGGCGCCGGCACGGCCGCAUCGUCGUCAUCCUGGCCCAGGGCCGCGAGGAGAGGACUUACAACCAGAGCCAGUGUAACAAAAGGAGCAUCCACAAAGCCAUUUCGGGGAACAAAACCCUGCAUUUCUACCAGCGCAGCCCACGGAUGGUUCCAGAAGGCAUCAACCCCCGGGUGCAUAAAAUGUUUAUCACUGCUGAGAAAUACGAGCCAAGCAACUCCAGAGGGCUGGGCAAGGAGAGAAGAUGCAGUUCCCUGCAGCACAAAUAUGCUCCCUUUUCCUGUGUCACUGGCCAGAAGCAAACUUUCUCUCAUGAGAACUGGUCCCUGUCACCUGAGGAAUAUGAAACAUGGGACAGGCUCUACAGGAUUAAGGAGAGUGAUGGAAUAAAGGAACCAGUAUUGCCUCGAACUCAGUUUGAAACCUUAGAAAACCUGGAAGAAAUACCACAGCAGGAGGGGGCGGCUCAGGAGCUGUCCCUGUGCGAGUGGAGCCUCUGGCAGAGCCGGCCCUUCCCCACGGCCCUGGUGGGGCACUCAGAGCCCUGUCACCGCUUCAUCAGUGCCAUGGAGAUGAUGGAGCACAUGAGGCAGGAGCAGGGAGACUGCAGCUAUGGACGGGAGCUCCAGCCCCACUUAUGUGUGGAGGACGUAAAUAUUCCAAGGAAUAAAAGGCAUCUCCUCAUGGCCAAGUCCAGCUGGGAUCAGAGAGCACGAUCCUCCAGGAAAGGCGUGGCACACACAUCCCAAAUGAAGCCAUUCCUGCCUGACAGAGGUGAUAACCAGAGUGAACUCUUCACCACCUUUAAGAUAACCAAGCCAAAGCCUCCCACAAGAACUCCUGGAUCCAGUGUGGAGGUGGAUCCUUCGGCAUCUCCCUCAGGAACGUUUGCUCUGGAUGAACAGCCUGACCAGGGCAGUGAGAGGGACAAGGAGCUGGAGGUGACAUUUGACUUAAAUGCAGUUAUUGACCUGUGUGACAGCAGUGACAGCACUGACAUUCCUGACAGUCCAGCAGCAAAGGGAGACAAACCUGCAGGCAAAGCUCCUGGAUCCCUGGGGAUGCUCCCCGGGGAUUCGGGGUACGAGACAUCACCGCUGUCCUCGGACUUGUUCUAUCUCCCCGAAUCCUACAGGGAGUCACUCGGGAGACCCUCCCAGGAGCCUCCUGGCUUAGAACAAACAUUGUCCCGUGUGCAGAGGCUUUUGUCACAGUCCCCUCCCCCCAUUCCCUCCUGGAAUGAACUUGAGGACUUGGAGAACGUGGUGAGGAGUGAGGAAACAAUAUGUCCUGUCCCAGAGGUUAUCCCUGAGGGUCACUCUGCAGGACCACGGGACAAUGCCUUCUCCACGUCCUCAGGAGCUGAUCCUUCACUGCUGCUCAUGGAAAAUCCCAAACCGAACAUCCCCAGGGAAUUCCGUGCUCCAAGAAGUCCCUGUUUGUCCAAAACUGCCUCAUCUUCCAAGGCUGCUGUUGUUGAAGAGGAGCACGCCUGGAAUGACAGCUUUGAUGGGCUGUUUGACAGCAAGGAAUUCCCUGCCAUCCAGGGGAACGCUCCAGCCACAAACCACAGCCUGGCAAACGACCCUUCCAACAAGCACUUUGUGCACAGAGACACUGCAGGUGCUGCCACUGACCAUGAGAAGGUGGUGGCUGGUGGAGAGCAGAGCAUCCAUUUGUUUGAGGAUGAGCCUGUGGAUGACACCGGGGACAGCGGGUUAUCCGUGAGCAAGGAGCCUCCAGCCAGGCCAGAUCCAGGUGGGAAUGUCAUCGGGACAGAUGGAGAGCGAGGAUCCAAGGGGGUUCCCUCCGAGGGGCCCUGUGUGAACACCAGCACCUGCAGGGAGCAGCCCCAGAGCAGUAAAUCCAUGGAAACAGCAGGAGUGCCCGAGCAGGGCCUGGAGAACGAGGAUCUCUACGACUGUUCCCAGGAGCUGUUCUCUGUCACCUUCGACCUGGGCUUUUCCAUCACAGACAGUGACAGUGAAACCCCCGAGGAAAACGGGAAUACUGGGAACACCAGCAAAGCAAACGGUGCCCCGGGGAGUGGUGCAGGGGCAAAAUCCACUGAGGAUGGAAAGAUAUUCCUGAGGGAUGGGUCCAGGCUGGAAACCUCACCAGAAUGGGAUUGCAGAGGUCUGGAGAGAAGAGGCGUUUCCACACCGUUGUCAAUCCAGAGCAGGGGCGUGAAUGACAGGGAAGGGCCAGAGGCUGCUCCUGCUGCAGUGCCUUCCCUGAAAUCAGGAGGCAGGAGAACGGGAAGGGCAUCACCCGAACCUUUGCCUUCGGCGCUUUCGACCCCAAUAAGCAGGAAGGGUGGGAAUGUGCAAGCUAUCAAAAGGAUUCCCAGGAAAGUCUUCUCCAGUGCCAGAGAGGAGACUCCAGAGGUGCCUCCUGGAGAUAAAGUCCAUAAAAGCCCACGUGGGCAGAACUUUGGGAGUUCAGCUGUGGGUUCCCCUUUGGGAAGAACUGCAAACCUGGAAGACAUCACCCUCCGUGGAUCCCGAGCGUGUCCUGCUGCAGGAACCAGCAGUGAGAGCGAGGAAGAGAUCGUUUUCCAGAGAAAAAACAGGAUAAAAAAGAAUGUUUUGAAGUCUCCUGAUGGGAUGGACGAGAGUGACUUUGAGUGCCCGCGGCGUCGCGUCCCCAGGAAACGUCGGCACCCCCUGGACGUGGCCACGGCCAGGCAGUUCCUGGAGGAGGAGGCAGAGCUGUCCCAGCACGGGGCUCACGGGCUGUCGUCGGACGAGAGCGACGGCGCCGAGGACGAGCUGAGCUCCUCCAUGGCCCAGUUCCUCAACGACGAGGGGGACGUCACACAGGCCCUGGAUGGUGAGGGAGGGAUUCCCGAGCAGGAUGCGGAGUACGUGGAGGACAGUUUCUGUGUGGGGGAUGAGGAGGAGGAAGCCUGCAGACAGAGUGGGCCCAGCGAGGAGGAGGAGGAGGAGUGUGUGAACUGGGAUCUCCUCACCAGGGACAGUGUUCCUGGCCGGUACCUGACCCGGCGCAGGAGGAGACUGAACCAGGCCGGGCUGGAGCAGAGCCCGCCUGCCCCGGGGCACAGGAAGAAACCAUCCCGGGUCAUUGUCCUCAGUGACUCCAGCGAGGAGGAGACGGCUGUCAGCGGGGAGCAGUCCAUGGCAGCAGGCUGUUCCAGGGCAGGACAGGGGAGCACAGAGUGCCCCCAGCCCUCGGUACCCCCUGCACAGCACAGCCACGGUGCCAGGGCAGUGCCAGCCCCUCGGCCUGGGGGGCACGACAGGGACAUGCUGCUUGGCCUGCAGGCUUCAGGCUGUGAGAGGCUGGAUUUGCACCCAGACCAUCCCAGCAGGAGCACGUCCUUCCCACCAGCUGCCCCUGGCUCUGUCCAGGCUCCCAGAGAAACGUCCCGUUGUUUCCAGCGGACUCAGUACUACGAUGGAGUGCUCUCGGCCCUGGUCCAGGCUGGCAUCCGCAUCCUCUUCAGCUCCUGCCAGCAGGAGACUGCUGUUCUGCUCAGGGACCUGGCCCUGCUGGAGCACAGGAAGGGAGCUGCCAUCCAUGUUCCCACGGAGCUGGAGGGGCCCCGGCGGGACCUGCUGGGCUUCUACCUGAGCAUCCCCCCCCUCAGCUACGUGGGGGCCCUGCAGCUCUGCCACUGCCUCGGCUGCCCCCGUGACCUGGCCAACAGCUCCCCCAGCGCGGUGGCCGCGGCCGCGCGGCUGAGCCGGGACUGUGCCGAGGAGAUCCAGCGGUACCUGCGCCACAGCUUCGACCCUCAGCUGCUGCCACAGCCCCCCCGCGCCGGCGGGAAGGGCCCCGCGGCCCCCCGGAGCUGAGGGGGCUGGGACCGGGGGCCCUGCUCUGCACUUUACUGGGAUUGGUGUCCAACCCAAUAAACCCUCACAAGCACCGGGCUCUGGGAGGCACCGGCCGGGCUGGGAGCAUCCCGAGA